GUCAAGCUAUUGUUUUGUAUAGUUUACAAUUUGUGAAAACCUAGUUACUGCAAAUAUUUCUUGAGUGGUUUAGUUAAAUUAAUAAUAAAAAUGAGUCAGAACGUGUCUGUGUAUGUUCGUGUGAGGCCCUUAUCGAAAAAAGAAAUAGACCUCAAUUCAAAAAGUAUAGUCACUUGUACUCCAACUUCUGUUUCCAUUAAAGACAAGCAAUUCUUUUUUGACAAAGUAUUUGGACCAGAAUCUACUCAACAGGACAUUUUUUCCGUAAUAGAACCCCUAGUUCAGGAUAUACUAAAUGGAUACAAGUGCACAAUAUUUGCAUACGGCCAAACUGGAAGUGGUAAAACCUACACAAUGAGCGGCCCAGAUAAUUCGGAUGCUUGGAAUAGUGAAUCUGAUGCUGGUUUGGUUAAACGAGUAGCUAACUGUUUAUUUGAUAAAAUUUUAUGCGAAUAUGAAUAUUCAGUUACGGCUUCAUAUUUGGAACUGUACAACGAAGAAAUCAGGGACCUUUUAAGUGACGAUUACACAAAGGAUUAUUUGCCCAUGUACUCAGACCCUCAAAGGAAAGGUUCAGUAUGUAUAGUUGGUUUAAAAGAAUUGCCUAUUUUAAAUAGAUAUGACAUAGAACAAUUAUUUAAAAAAGGCAACAAAAACAGACAAGUCGCUUACACCAACCUAAAUUCCAAUAGUUCAAGAUCUCAUACUGUCUUUUCAAUAACUGUCCACAACAAAAAACCUAGUGAAACAGGGGAGGAUUUAAUCAAAAUGGGCAAAAUUAAUUUAGUUGACUUGGCUGGCAGUGAAAGUAUGAAUCGUGCCGAAACACAUGGUCGCAGUGUCGAAGUAGGGAAUAUAAAUAAAUCUUUGUUAACGUUAGGUAGAGUAAUUCAGGCAUUAUCUGAAAAGAAAAAUAACUAUAUACCAUACAGGGACUCAAAAUUGACUAGAAUAUUACAGGACAGUUUGGGCGGUACAACCAAAACAUCAAUAAUUUCAACUAUAUCGCCGGCAGCUUGCAAUUGCGAAGAGUCUUUAAGUACUUUAUAUUACGCAAAUAAAGCUCGGGAUAUUACGAAUUGUCCAGAAGUCAAUGAAACUGUAACCAAGAAAAAAGUCAUUCAGAUACUUAAGGAACAAAUUGAGUCAUAUAAACGUGAUAUUCUUUCUAUCAAAAGAGAAAAGGGAAUUUUAAUUGAUGUUGCUACAUACAGUGCACUUAUUGAUAACAUUAAAGAAUAUAGAGACCAAACCGUUAGCAAAAAGGAAUGUAUCAAUUAUUUGAAUGAACGCAUUCGACAGACAAAAAUACUUAUAGAAGAAAAAAGCAGACAGUGGGAUGACUUACAUACUGCUUUUGAAGAGCAAAAUAAAAAGGUUGAAGACAUUGCAAGGGAAAGAAUGCAGAAACUUAAAAUUUUGAAACAAGAAAUGCUGAUAUCUCAAACAUUAUUAGAGUCUAAAGAUCAGCUUAGUCGGAUCAAGACUACUUUAAGAGACAACACAGAAACUUUAUUUAAUAAUCAACAAUUGUUUUUACAUAAACUUAAGAAGUAUAGAGGUGUUUAUAAUACACAAGAACAAGUAGCAAACACUACACGUGACUACCUUGACAAGGUACUAGCAAUACAACAAAAGACAUCCAAGUCAUACUUAAAUAGUUCAAAGCAAAAUCUAGAAGAGCUGCACAGUGUAUCCAAAGAAAUUGUGGACCCAUUAAAUAACACAGCAAAAAAUUACACAAACUCUGUUUAUAAAUAUAAACAUGCCCUAAAGGAAAAAAGGGGAAUCCUUGGAGAACUACUAAAUAUUGAUUCUAUGGUGGAGUGUACAAGAGAUAAAACGAAGACGUUAUCUCAAGUGCAAAGAAAAACUGGGAAAGAAAAUUCAACAUUACAGUCAAAUUGUAUAAACAUUAAAAGAGAUUUAGAAGAAAAUGUAAAUAAAGUAAGCAACAACAGAUAUUCACAGGUUGAAGCAAUAUCACAAAAAUGUGGGAUGGUUAGUAGCUCAAUGAAAGAUGUUUUAAAAGAGGAAAGAAGAAAACUUGAAAUAUAUAUCAGGGAAUUAGGAAAGUUUGAAGAUAAAAUUAGUAUGCAUGACGAAGCUGUUGACAACCAAAACAAACUAGUAAAAAAAGAUAUCAACUUGUAUAAUGAUAAAGUAUUGAAAUUAUUUGGAUGUGUUGUUGAUCAGAUUUCAAAUGAAGUAGCUGAAAUUUUUAAUCCGAUUUUAGAUUAUCAAAAUAUACAACGUAAUCAUCUGGAAGAUGUGGUAAGUCAAUUAACAUGUCAUGGUCAGACUUUUUCAGAGAAUAUAACACAUCAGUCAAGUUCUCUGUGUGAAGAAGCUGCUAGAUUAAACAAAAGAGUACAAGAUGACAAAGAUAAUGAAGAAUAUAUUGUGAAUGUACAUGCAGAAACUCAAGAAAAGUUGAGACUCUUUAGUAGUAGAAUUAGUGAUUUAACAAAUCAUUAUUCUUCAUGUAUGAAAGAACUACAGACCUAUGAAAUAUUAUGUGAUUCUCAGAAAAAAACUUUAAUGCAUCAAGUGCAAGAAAGACUAAAGAAUAUGGAAGUGUUGAAAUCUGAAGGGGAUACCCCAGAAAAAAGGCAAAUUCGAGUGUAGUUUUAUAUUUAUAUAUACACAUAUAUAGUUUAAAUUAAAGAAAUUUAUUAUUAAAAUUUAUAUACAUGUACAUCAUAAAAUCUACAAUUAAGAAAUCUGUAAAAAUACAUUUAUAUUUUAUUUUUUAUUCCUAAAUUGUAAUUACUUGAAGAUUUUUAUUUGAAUUUUGUAGUAAUAAAUGCAAUUGUAUAUAUACAUAUUAUUUUUUAAAAAUUUGUUACCAAAA